AUGGAAAUACCUUGUAAAGGGGGUCGGCAUCUUCCGAGCAGCACUUUGCUAAUUGUGCUGCUCGUCACCAUCAGCAUCCGGCCGUGUGUAGCCACAUUCUUCUGGCUUCGUCCGGCACCGACCGACUCCCCAAUAUCGGGCGAUCCACCGAACGGUUGGAGACCGCCAGCGUUAGUACCGGGCGUCAUCCUACCGCCCGGCGGUACCAAUGGGCCUAAGAAACCGCAAGGGAGCUCUCAGGAUUUGCUACGCUUGCCUCAGAUCCUUUGCAACUAUGCUGCGACCGGUCGUUGGCCGUCUUAUCCACCGUACCUGCAGGCAGCCAUCGUUGACCUUGGUCGGCACGUAUUUGCCCUCGAUGAUCCCGGUGUGCGCCAGUACUGUGUGAAUUACGUUCGCAUCGGCUUCGUCCGGAGACCAUGCUGUGCCUAUCCAGUUUAUCCAGUUUACAUAAUGCCCGGACGCAAAACUACUACUACUACUGAAUCUUCGAUCGAGACGGAUGUUGUGACUGGUAUUACUACCGUCCCGGAUGAGGCAGACGAAGGAGUGGAUAGUAACGGAAAUGGAAAUGACGGAGAAGGAGAAGGAGAAGGAGAAGGAGAAGGAGAAGGAGAAGGAGAAGGAGAAGGAGAAGGAGAAGGAGAAGGAGAAGGAGAAGGAGAAGGAGAAGGAGAAGGAGAAGGAGAAGGAGAAGGAGAAGGAGAAGGAGAAGGAGAAGGAGAAGGAGAAGGAGAAGGAGAAGGAGAAGGAGAAGGAGAAGGAGAAGGAGAAGGAGAAGGAGAAGGAGAAGGAGAAGGAGAAGGAGAAGGAGAAGGAGAAGGAGAAGGAGAAGGAGAAGGAGAAGGAGAAGGAGAAGGAGAAGGAGAAGGAGAAGGAGAAGGAGAAGGAGAAGGAGAAGGAGAAGGAGAAGGAGAAGGAGAAGGAGAAGGAGAAGGAGAAGGAGAAGGAGAAGGAGAAGGAGAAGGAGAAGGAGAAGGAGAAGGAGAAGGAGAAGGAGAAGGAGAAGGAGAAGGAGAAGGAGAAGGAGAAGGAGAAGGAGAAGGAGAAGGAGAAGGAGAAGGAGAAGGAGAAGGAGAAGGAGAAGGAGAAGGAGAAGGAGAAGGAGAAGGAGAAGGAGAAGGAGAAGGAGAAGGAGAAGGAGAAGGAGAAGGAGAAGGAGAAGGAGAAGGAGAAGGAGAAGGAGAAGGAGAAGGAGAAGGAGAAGGAGAAGGAGAAGGAGAAGGAGAAGGAGAAGGAGAAGGAGAAGGAGAAGGAGAAGGAGAAGGAGAAGGAGAAGGAGAAGGAGAAGGAGAAGGAGAAGGAGAAGGAGAAGGAGAAGGAGAAGGAGAAGGAGAAGGAGAAGGAGAAGGAGAAGGAGAAGGAGAAGGAGAAGGAGAAGGAGAAGGAGAAGGAGAAGGAGAAGGAGAAGGAGAAGGUGGUGAAGAAAAGGGUGGUGAAGGAGAGGGUGGUGAAGGAGAGGGUAGAGAAGGUGGUGAAGGAGAAGGUGGUGAAGGAGAGGGUGGUGAAGGAGAGGGUGGUGAAGGAGAGGGUGGCGAAGAAGCAGGGGGUGAAGAAGCAGCCGAAGAAGGUGCUCCAGCAGAAAUUGUUCAAUCUUCGCGGCUUGUUUCGGAUAAAACAGAGAGGUAUCGUCCUUUGAGCGAGCUAACUACUCAAAAACCCAUACUUAGCCGUCCCAACAUUCGGCCAAAGAACAAUAAGAAUCAAGUCAUUACGAUUACAUCAUCCCCGAUACACAUUGUCCCACGUCGUUCGCCUUCAUCAGUUGGAUCAGUUUCUAAUAGACUCAAUUUAAAACAUAAACAUUCUCAACCGAUGAGAGAAAAACGAGUGAAUACAAGCAAUCGCCCCAUUCAACGGGGGAGCGGUCCGGAAGGACGCUUCAUCAUCGCACUAUCGGAAGAUUAA